AUGGCUCAUUUAAUUCGCCACAAAAUCUCCAACAAAAUCACCAACACGGUCCACACGGUGUCGAACAAGUCUCAGGCCAAGGUCAGCGGAGUGUUCGCUCGGAUGGGCUUCCAGGCGGCCACAGACGAAGAGGGACUGGGCUUCGCGGAGUGCGAUGACCUGGACUACGACUACAGGCAGGGGAUGCAGAUGGACGUGAUGCAGAGAGAGGACUCGGGGAACACAGAGGACAGUGGGGACGCGGGGGGGGACGCGGAAGGGGACAGCAGGUACCAGCGCGACGGCACAGGGCCCCGGGGCCAGCUCAAAAGCAGCGGCUCUCUGGAGGAGGCCAAGCCCAAGAUCACGACCUGGGAGGCGGGUUGGAACGUGACCAACGCUAUACAGGGCAUGUUCGUGCUGGGCCUGCCCUACGCCAUCCUCCACGGCGGUUACCUGGGACUCUUCCUCAUCAUCUUCGCGGCGGUGGUGUGCUGCUACACGGGGAAGAUCCUGAUCGCGUGUCUGUACGAGGAGAACGAGGAUGGCGUCCUGGUGCGAGUGCGAGACUCUUACGUGGACAUUGCUAACGCCUGCUGCGCGCCGCGCUUCCCCACGCUGGGAGGACACGUGGUCAACGUGGCACAGCUCAUUGAACUGGUCAUGACCUGCAUCCUGUACGUGGUGGUGAGCGGGAACCUCAUGUACAACAGCUUCCCUGGGUUCCCCGUGUCGCAGAAGGCUUGGUCGGUCGUAGCCACAGCUGCCCUCCUCCCGUGCGCCUUCAUCAAGAACCUGAAAGCCGUGUCCAAGUUCAGCCUGUUGUGCACGCUGGCUCACUUCGUCAUUAACUUCCUGGUGAUUGCGUACUGCCUGUCGCGCGCUCGGGAGUGGGCCUGGGAGAAGGUCAAGUUCUACAUCGACGUGAAGAAGUUCCCCAUCUCCAUCGGGAUCAUCGUGUUCAGCUACACCUCGCAGAUCUUCUUACCGUCACUAGAGGGCAACAUGCAGCGGCCCAGCGAGUUCCACUGCAUGAUGGACUGGACCCACAUAGCCGCUUGCGUCUUAAAAGGCCUGUUUGCGUUGGUGGCGUACCUUACAUGGGCCGACGCCACCAAAGAAGUGAUCACGGACAACCUGCCGUACGGCAUCCGCGCCGUGGUCAACUUGUUUCUGGUGUCCAAGGCGCUGCUUUCGUAUCCGCUGCCGUUCUUCGCCGCGGUGGAGGUUCUGGAGAAGUCUCUGUUCCAGGACGGGGGCAGGGCGCUGUUCCCAGACUGUUAUGGUCCUGGGGGGCAGCUGAAGAGCUGGGGGCUGGGGCUGCGUGUGGCACUGGUGGUGUUCACGCUACUCAUGGCGGUGUUCGUGCCACACUUUGCGCUCCUCAUGGGGCUGACGGGGAGCCUGACGGGCGCCGGCCUGGCCUUCCUGCUGCCGAGUCUGUUCCACCUGAAGCUGCAGUGGAGGAACCUGCUCUGGCACCACGUCUUCUUCGACGUCGCCAUCUUCUUCGUGGGCGGGAUCUGUGCCAUCUCUGGACUCAUCCACUCCAUCGAGGGGCUGUUUUUAUUGCCCAAUCUUUGGCGAGACAAGAAAGAGACGAGAGAGUCCGGCCUGAGACUCAGCCUGAGACUCAGCCCUUCUGUGGAGGUUGAGUCCGGCCUGAGACUCAGCCGUUCUGUGGAGGUUGAGUCCGGCCUGAGACUCAGCCCUUCUGUGGAGGUUGAGUCCGGCCUGAGACUCAGCCCUUCUGUGGAGGUUGAGUCCGGCCUGAGACUCAGCCGUUCUGUGGAGGUUGAGUCCGGCCUGAGACUCAGCCCUUCUGUGGAGGUUGAGUCCGGCCUGAGACUCAGCCCUUCUGUGGAGGUUGAGUCCGGCCUGAGACUCAGCCCUUCUGUGGAGGUUGAGUCCGGCCUGAGACUCAGCCCUUCUGUGGAGGUUGAGUCCGGCCUGAGACUCAGCCCUUCUGUGGAGGUUGAGUCCGGCCUGAGACUCAGCCCUUCUGUGGAGGUUGAGUCCGGCCUGAGACUCAGCCCUUCUGUGGAGGUUGAGUCCGGCCUGAGACUCAGCCCUUCUGUGGAGGUUGAGUCCGGCCUGAGACUCAGCCCUUCUGUGGAGGUUGAGUCUGUUCUUUCUGCCACAUUAUUGAGCUGUUAA